AGAGAGAGAGAGGUGGGGGAGAGGAGACGAGUUUGUGAAAGUUCAUAGAACACCGAAGAGAGAAAGAGAGAAAUACUCACAAAGAAGUUCGUAAUUGAAGAUAAAAUUCGAGUCUUUAUCUUUAAUUCUUUACCCUUCUGACUUCAUCCGAUCCGUUUCCAUGGAUCCCUUCGAUUUGUUUCGUAAAGGUUUUGGUUGAGGCUACAAAAACACGAGCUUUUCCCUACAGGAUUUUUUCUUUUCCUUUCAAAUACAUGUGAGUAUUCUAUUUUGUAUUAGAUAUAAUGAAUGUAUCCAAGAAGGGAACGCAAACCAGCGAGGUAAAACUAAACGUUGGAAGCAAGGUGACUGCUUUGAAUCCAAAUGCUGCUGAGUUUAUUCCCUUUGCCCUCAGAGCAUCUCCAGUUGGAAGUAGUAGUGCACCAGAUUUGACAGAAAGAUUUUCUUCUGGGACAUUAGGAAAGGCUGUUCUAGAUCGGACCGAGUCAUCUGUAUCAAAUAAUUCUGAUGAUGAGGCCCGUCAAUUCUGGAGGCAUCAGCUCCCUGAUGAUAUCACCCCUGAUUUCAAGUCAAUGGGAGAAGAUGAGAACCUAUCUCUUGGAAAUAUUUCGUUGGCAGGAUUAUCCUUGCACGAUGACAGCGAAGCCUCUUUAUUUGCUGCUACUACUGGCAAUGAAUAUUUGUUGAAUGAUCAGCAGGAUUCAAAUUUAAAUCAUUUUAAUGGCAGCCAAUUUGCUGAAAAGUUCAGAUUCUCAACUGCUUCUUACGGAGAAGAUCCAUCUUCAGCCAGUCUUUUCCAAAUUUCAAAUAAGCCUUGGCAGAAGCCAGUUCUGAACAGUAAUCUACUGGUUGGCAACGAGCGGCACCUUCCUUAUCACGGAAACUCUGGGAGGGGAUUGGCCAUGGAUGUCUUGAGUGAGCAAACAACGAUUGAUGAAAGUGAUACUCUGAACCCUGUUGAGUUUUUGGCUCUACAGUUCCCUGGUUUUGCUGCUGAAAGCCUUGCAGAAGUUUAUUUUGCCAACGGAGGUGACUUAAACCUGACUGUUGAGAUGCUCACUCAAUUAGAGCUUCAAGUUGAUGGUGGGAUAAGUCAAAAUCUGAAUUCCAAGACAAUGUCUGCCCCGAAUCUUAGUGCAAUGGACUUUCCUGCACUUGCAGUGUCAGGUGGUCAAAAUGGUCAUCCAAAAUUUGAUGGGGCUGAUCUUCAACAAAGUACCAAUCCUUAUCUUUCUUCUGAUAAGGAUGGCAUGCUUUUCUUCAAGUCCAGCACCGGUCCGUCUAGAGGUGCUACUGAUUUUGCUUCCACUGUCAGGAAAUUGGCAUCUCAGGAUUCUGGUAUGUGGAAGUACAAUGGAAACGGUUCUGCUGAUGACUCUAUUGGCUCAAGUAGAAGUUCUCAUAUGUUAACUAGCAAGUACACUACUGGUGGACAUGGGAAAGACACCUAUAGUGAGAGGUUGCUACACCGUGGUUCAGCUCGGGCUGCUCCAGUUUGGCUUGAAACAGGCGAAGCAGUUGCAAGCAUGUAUUCUGAGCAGCGGGAGGAAGCACGUGAUCAUGCACGCCUGCGAAAUGCAUAUUUUGAACAGGCACGACAAGCGUACCUCAUUGGUAAUAAGGCUCUAGCAAAGGAACUAAGUGUAAAGGGACAGUUACAUAAUAUGCACAUGAAGGCAGCUCAUGGAAGGGCCCAAGAAUCUAUUUAUCGGCAGAGGAAUCAUUUAGGUGGAGACAAUCAAGGAAAUGGAAGGGGGCACGAACGUAUGAUUGACCUGCACGGACUGCAUGUCAGCGAAGCUAUUCACGUCCUGAAGCACGAACUGAGUGUGCUGAGGAGUACUGCCAGGGCCUCUGGACAACGUCUACAGGUUUAUAUUUGUGUUGGAACAGGACACCACACUCGAGGCUCCCGCACUCCUGCUAGACUUCCAGUGGCUGUACAGAGAUAUUUGAUCGAAGAGGAAGGCCUCGACUUUAGCGAACCACAACCAGGACUGCUUAGAGUUGUGAUUAAAAUGCUUUUGCGAGCCCAUCUCAAAGUGCCCUCUAUCUCCUCUCGUACGAGUUUCGCUUGCCCGUUUCUACUUUUUUGCCGAUUCUCCUUUCUUUCAUCUUCCCCGUCGUCUUCUUCCUCUUCUCAAUGGUUCUCUCUUCUUCGCUCCGCCAUUGCCAUGGUCGAUUUGAAGCUCGGGAAGCGAGCUCAUGCACGUGUCGUAACCUCCGGCGACCUCCCUGAUCGGUUUCUGACGAACAAUCUAAUCACUAUGUAUUUUAAAUGUGGGUCUCUCUGUUCUGCACGCCAGGUGUUUGAUAAAAGUUCUGAUCGUGAUCUCGUAACAUGGAACUCCAUUUUGGCUGCCUAUGCCCACUUUGCUGAUUCCAGUUACGAGAAUGUUCUUGAGGGCUUUCGCCUCUUUGGGCUUUUACGCGAGUCUGGUUUUUCAAUAACACGACUUACCUUGGCGCCAUUGUUGAAGCUGUGUUUACUGUCUGGCUUUGUGCAGGUAUCCGAGGCUGUUCACGGAUAUGCCGCUAAAAUUGGCUUGGAAUUGGACCUGUUUGUUUCAGGGGCUCUUGUGAAUAUAUACUGCAAAUAUGGCCUGGUUGGUCAAGCUCGUUUACUGUUCGAUGAAAUGCCUGAAAGGGAUGCUGUGCUGUGGAAUGUAAUGCUCAAGGCUUAUGUUGACAAUAGUUUUGAGGAUGAAGCUCUUCGGUUCUUCUCUGCACUUCAUCGAAGUGGGUUUUUUCCUGAUUUCUCAAGCUUACAUUGUGUUAUCGGUGGUGUUAACAGUGAUGUUUCUAAUAACAGAAAGAGGCACAUGGAGCAGGUUAAGGCAUACGCAAUGAAGAUGUUUCCCUUCGACCAAGGUUCAAAUAUAUUUUCUUGGAACAAGAAGUUAACAGAGUAUCUGCAUGCCGGCCAAAUUUUAGCAGCCAUCGAUUGUUUUAAGAGUCUGUUAAGAUCAACAAUAGGAUAUGAUAAUGUAACUUUAGUCAUCAUUUUAUCUGCAGCUGUUGGGGCGGAUGAUCUUGAUUUGGGGGAACAAAUACAUGCACUUGUUAUAAAAUCAAGUUUUGCUCCAGUAGUUUCUGUUUCAAAUAGUCUCAUGAACAUGUACUCUAAGGCAGGGGUUGUUUAUGCUGCAGAAAAGACGUUCAUUAACUCGCCAGAAUUGGAUCUUAUUUCGUGGAACACAAUGAUAUCCAGUUAUGCCCAGAAUAAUCUUGUAAUGGAGGCAAUCUGCACAUUUAGAGAUCUAUUGCGUGAUGGCCUGAAACCGGAUCAAUUUACCUUGGCUAGUGUUUUAAGAGCUUGCUCCACAGGUGAUGAAGGAGAGUAUUUCACUCUCGGAUCACAGGUUCAUGUCUAUGCCAUAAAAUGUGGUAUUAUUAAUGACAGUUUUGUAUCAACAGCACUUAUUGACUCGUACUCGAAGAGCGGAAAAGUGGACGAGGCCGAGUUUCUGUUGCAUUGCAAGUAUGAUUUUGAUUUGGCUUCUUGGAAUGCAAUUAUGUUUGGGUACAUAAAGAAUAACAAAAGUAGAAAGGCAUUGGAACAUUUUAGUCUGAUGCAUGAAAUGGGUAUGCCGAUUGAUGAAAUCACACUGGCAACUGCAAUUAAAGCUUCUGGUUGCUCGAUCAAUCUAAAGCAAGGGAAACAAAUUCAAGCUUAUGCAAUCAAGCUUGGAUUCAACAAUGAUUUAUGGGUCAGUAGUGGCGUUCUGGACAUGUACAUCAAAUGUGGAGACAUGCCAAAUGCUCUUGAAUUGUUUGGUGAAAUUAGCAGACCCGAUGAAGUUGCUUGGACGACUAUGAUCUCAGGAUACGUCGAAAAUGGAGAUGAGGAUCAUGCUCUUUCUGUGUACCAUUUAAUGAGGGUCUCCGGGGUUCAACCUGAUGAAUAUACCUUUGCUACCCUCAUCAAAGCUAGUUCUUGUCUAACCGCUCUUGAACAAGGAAAACAGAUUCAUGCUAAUGUUAUUAAGUUGGAUUAUUCAUUGGACCAUUUUGUUGGUACUUCCCUAGUCGACAUGUACUCCAAAUGUGGCAGCGUUCAAGAUGCCUAUCGUGUAUUCAGGAAGAUGGAUGUGCGGAAAGUUGUCUUUUGGAAUGCUAUGUUGUUAGGUUUAGCCCAACAUGGGCAAGUUGAUGAGGCCCUGAAUCUUUUUAGAACUAUGCAAUCAAAUGGGAUUCAGCCUGACAAAGUUACUUUUAUUGGAGUUCUUUCUGCUUGUAGCCAUUCUGGUUUGUUUUCUGAAGCCUACAAGUAUUUUGAUGCAAUGUUCAAAACAUAUGGGAUCACACCAGAGAUCGAGCAUUACUCAUGUCUGGUGGAUGCACUUGGCCGAGCAGGACGCAUUCAAGAGGCUGAAAGCGUUAUAGCAUCGAUGCCAUUUAAAGCUUCCGCCUCAAUGUAUAGGGCAUUGCUUGGUGCUUGCAGGACUAAAGGGGAUGCAGAAACAGCAAAACGUGUUGCUGACAAACUCCUGGCCUUGGAUCCAUCCGACUCGUCUGCUUAUGUCCUCUUAUCCAACAUAUAUGCUGCUUCCAGACAAUGGGACGAUGUUACUGAUGCUAGAAACAUGAUGAAGCUGAAAAAUGUUAAGAAGGACCCAGGUUUUAGUUGGAUUGACGUGAAAAACAAAGUGCAUUUAUUCGUGGUAGACGAUCGAUCACAUCCACAAGCUGGUCUAAUAUACGAGAAAAUCGAGGAUCUCAUGAAAAGAAUAAGAGAAGAAGGAUCUUAUGUUCCAGACACAGACUUUACGUUACUUGACGUCGAAGUAGAAGAAAAGGAACGUGCUCUCUACUAUCAUAGUGAGAAACUCGCAAUAGCUUUCGGGCUGAUCAGCACGCCUCCCUCCGCAACCAUUCGUGUGAUAAAAAACCUAAGGGUUUGUGGUGAUUGCCACAGUGCCAUCAAAUGUAUCUCCAAACUCACUCAGAGGGAGAUUGUUUUAAGGGAUGCAAACAGAUUCCAUCACUUUAGGAAUGGAACUUGUUCCUGUGGUGAUUACUGGUAGUAUCAAUUGCCACGAUCGAAUUAUUUGCAUUUGUUCUUUUGACGACUAUUAAGAUCUUUGAUUGUUGGUUGUCGA